AAUAACGAUUUUAUAUAAACAUCUUGUCACAUUGACUCGAUGAGUCACUGGUGUGUAUGUGUGUGUGUGUGUGUGUGUCUGUGUGUGUGUGCGUGGAGUCAGUGUGUCAUGGCGGUCAGCAUCAUGUCGGCUCGUUGUUGCCGAGCGUCUCUUCUUCCUCUCUGUUUCCUCCUUUGUCUCCUUCAGGUUCUCAUCCAAGGACAAGUGUUCCGUCAGGCUCACAGUGUUUUCCUUCGGUCCAAACGAGCCAACAUGUUCCUGCUGGAGGAGUUCCUUCAGGGAAACCUGGAGCGCGAGUGUCACGAGGAGCUGUGCAACUUUGAGGAGGCACGAGAAUACUUUGAAGACUUGGAUAAGACGGUCGCCUUCUGGACCGUCUACUACGACGGGAACCAGUGUGAACCAAACCCCUGCCUGCACGGAGGAAACUGUACCGACAAAGUGGGCGGGUUCCAGUGCUCAUGUCCCGCCCACCACUUUGGACCAAUCUGUGAGCAAAGAGCUGUGGGAGGAGUCACACGCAGAGCACAGUGGCUGCCGACUGCACCACAGGUCACCACACCAGAGAUUGCAGCUUGUCCGACCGGCGGUCCGACCGCAUGUCAGCAGCUGUGCGCGGCGGCGUACGACGUCUUCACCUGCUCUUGCACGACGGGAUUCAAACUACACACCGACAAACGCAGCUGUGUGCCCGAAGUGGACUUCCCGUGUGGACGUCUCCACGGCAACAGCACCACGUCAAUGUGUCGCCAUGGAAACUGUCCCUGGCAGGUGUCACUGAUGAACACUGAGGGGGCGGAGCUAUGCAGCGGCGUGCUGUUGGGUCGACGCUCUGUCCUGACCGCCGCCCACUGCCUCCUCCAGGGGUCAGAAUCUGACCUCCAACCUUCUAGCUUCUACGUGACCACUGGAAACAGGAUGCCCGUGUCCGUCCAGGCACUGUACGUGCACAGCCGCUUCCGUUUGGGUCGUCAUGACAACGACCUGGCCCUCCUCGAGCUGGCAGAGCCAGUGAGCUUUGGCCCCGCCCUCAUCCACCUCUGCCUGCCCACCAAGGACUUCAGCGAAAACAUCCUGAUGCAUCCUGGGAGGACGGGCGUCGCCGCGAGGCAGUGGAGCCAGGAGCUGCUCUACCUGACGCUGGACGAGUGUCGCGACGAGCUGGACGCGACACACCCGCUCAGCAACAAGAUGUUCUGCAUGAGGACGGUCGCCGUGACGACGGCGGCGAGGUCAGGCAGACAUUCUCUGUUCCAACAUGGCGUCCACAGGAAGAGGAACAGCACUUCAGUGAACGAACACGGAGGCCGGCCGCCGCUGAACAGUUUACCAACUGAGAACGAGACGCCGUCUGUGUCUGACGUAAGGUCAGAGGUCAGCAGGAGGCCAUGCGGCAGCGUGUUAGCGGGCGCGCCGGUAGCCACGGUGGAGCAGGGGACGGCGUUCCUCACCGGACUGCUCAUCUCCACGUCCUCAGGUUGCCACGGCGACAGCCUGCUGUUCACCAAACUGUCCCGGUACCUGACCUGGAUCAGACCCAGACUGGAGGCGUCAGAGGAGCGCAUGACGCCGCAGCUCAGCCGGCUCCCCGUCUGAGCCAGCUUUUAUUUUCUUUAACGUCACAGUUUAUAUUUCAAAUAAAAGAAUCA